UAGUUUUGCAGAAACGGAAGUUAACGCAGUAAUCGCGGUAUCGUUUGUGAUCUUACUUCAAUCACUCUCUUUAUAUAUCAGAGAUUACAUUUACCGAAUGAGCACGAUGGCGGAGUAUGACUUAUUUCACAAACAGACUAUGUCUAUAAUGACGCUUUUGAUAGAAACAGUCCUAGACGAGAUUCAGAGAGUUUUUGAAUGUGAAUGUCGCCCGUCUCACGCUGAAAUUAGUAACGUUAGUGACAGAGAUCCGAUAUUAGAGAUGAAUGAGAAACAACGCAGACUGGCAAAGCUCACAGCUGUGAUGGAGACCUUUACCAAGGUGGCUGUUCAAAAAAUAUGCAAAGUCUUCAGUUAUUGCUUUGCGCUUAAACCAACUCAGCUGCAGGGUUUUAAAAGUUACCAUGAAGAUGUAAUGAAUGUAAAAGAGUUGGUGAAGGAGCAUGUGAAGAAACCAGAAAGAAAAAACAGUCAAGCUGUCCGAGAUGUGCAUGAUUCUGCAACUGUAGCUCCAUCAGUGUCUCUGGAGAGACAGAAACUACUUACUGUGUUACCUGAAGAAACUGUUCAACCACAAGAUUCGGUUAAAGGCCAAGAGUGUGCAAAGGAGGAUCAAGUCUCUGAAUUUUGUCCUGAGUCGUCAAGUAGUGGACAAGAGAACCCAGUGCAAGCAUUUUUUAUAGUUGAAUACAGUACCAUCGCCUCUGUUGAGGACCAGCAAGCAGAAGUAAACGCACAAGCAGAACAAACAAGUACAAAAUCUGAAAAAACCAAGAAGAUGAAACCAUAUGACUGUAAAGAGUGCGGAAAGAAAUAUUUCUAUAGCCGCUCACUAGAUCAGCACAAAUGUGGACAUUUAAAAGGGCCUCACAGUUGUGAGCAGUGCGGGAAGAAGUUUAAAUACUUAAAAGGAUUAAGAAAACACCUCCUGAAUCACACAGAGAAGAAAGGGAUCUGUAAAACAUGUGGGAAAGCCUUCGCAAAUCUUAAGAUGCACGAACGUGUCCACCUGGAAGUGAAGCCGUUUCUGUGUUCCACAUGUGGGCACAGCUUCACCGUAAAGGGCAGUUUACUGGCACACCAGAGGAUCCAUACAGGUGAAAAACCCUACAGUUGUGAGAUCUGCGGGAAGCACUUCACACACUCAAGCAACCUCGCCUGCCAUCUGCUCACUCAUUCCAGUGACAGACCGUGGAAAUGCAGCCUCUGUGACAAGACUUUCAAAACUGAAAAGAAAAUGAAUAUGCACCAGCUCGUGCAUACAGGAGAGAAACCCCAUAUAUGUAACAAAUGUGGGCAGAAGUUUGGCCACAUCACAAAUCUCAGAAGGCAUCUCCUCGUGCACAACGGUGUGAAACGCCACGUCUGUGAAAUCUGUUCCAAGCAGUUUUAUCAGAGCAAGUCUCUGAAGAGGCAUAUGGGAAUCCAUGGAGCUCUGAAGUCAUUUAUGUGUGAAAUAUGUGGGAAGAGCUUUGUUUUUAACUAUGCCCUACAGAAACACUUACUCACACAUGGUGAUAAAGCCAAUCUGAAUGGCAAAUCUAAAGAUGGGAAGUCUUUCCCGUGUGACGAAUGCGGAAAGUGCUACAGUUCGACCGCUAUGCUCAGAAUACAUCAGAGACUUCAUACGGAAAAGGAUCCGUACAUGUGUCAAGUCUGUGGCAAAAGCUAUAGCAGCUUGUAUUCGCUGAAGGAACAUGAGAAGCUUCAUUCGGGGGUGACACCGUUCAAGUGUGACAUCUGUGAUAAGACCUUUACUCAGAAAGUUGGUUUGAAAAUGCACGAGGUUGUUCAUACCAAAGCCAAACCGUACAGAUGUUCUGUUUGUGGAAGCCAGUUCGGCCUUCCCCACAGUCUGAGACUGCAUAUGCGCAUUCACUCCGGCGAAAAGCCACACAAGUGCGGAACGUGCGGAAUGUGCUUUCGCUUAUCUGGAAACUUGAGGCGACACGAGCGGAUCCACACCGGCGAGAGGCCGUUCAGCUGUGAGGUGUGUGGGAAAAAGUUUGUGCAACUCAGCCAUGUGAAGGCACAUAUGCAAAUCCACACUGGCAUCAAACCCUACACGUGCCAGAAGUGCGGGAAGAAAUAUGCAUACCGUAGAAAUUACAAUGAUCACAAAUGUAUACCUGUGUGAAAAAGAUGCUGCCUUAAAGCAUGCUGGGGACUGAAUUGCAGUGCCAUUUUCUUAUAUUUGCACAUUCUUUUAGACAGAUGUCAUAAAGGUUCUCUUGUCUUAAAGACAAAAAUAUUUACAAUAGCACAGUGUUUACAUUUGGUUUAAAAAGCUGGAUAAGUAGUAAUCAAAUUUUCAUCAAUUCAAUUAAUAAUUGAGCCUUGGUCAAAUCAUUUUAAGCCAGUUAAUAAUAUGCCAAAUCAAUAGUUAUACAGAGGGAAUUCCUCAGUACAGUGUACUCUACGUUCAAGAAUAAACAAGUUUGCUGAGAA